AUGGGCCAAGGAUUCUCGCUGGCGACGCCGUCGGCCGGCUCUGCUGGUAUAGAUAUUGCGCAGUUGCAAGAUGUGCAAUACGAGCGCAGCAUCGGCAACGCAAGGUUUAUGAAGAGCACCCGCGGACGGCACGAACAUGGUGUUGUCUUGGUCAAGGUCCUGGUAAAACCGUAUGCCGGAGUCAGUCUCGACCAGUACAAGCAAAAGAUAAUCAAGGAGCGCAAGGCUUUGGCUCAAGUACCCAACGCCCUGGGGUUCCAGCGCAUCAUCGAAACCGACACGAACGGGUAUCUGGUGCGACAGUUUCAAUAUAGCUCCCUCUAUGAUCGGUUGAGCACACGUCCAUUCCUCGAAGACAUUGAAAAGAAGUGGCUGGCGUUCCAGCUGCUCUGCGCCCUGCGAGACUGCCAUGCUCAGGACAUUUACCACGGCGACAUCAAGGCACAGAAUGUACUGGUGACGUCUUGGAACUGGCUUUACCUGACGGACUUUUCGUCCGCGUACAAACCUGUACUUUUACCCGACGACAAUCCGGGCGACUUUUCCUACUUCUUCGACACCUCUGGCCGGCGAACGUGUUAUAUUGCUCCCGAACGAUUCUUCGCUACUGGCGACAGCCCUCCGCCCAAGGCUGAGAUGACGUGGGCCAUGGAUAUUUUCAGUGCUGGCUGCGUGAUUGCCCAAAUGUUCCUCGAGUCGGAAAUAUUCAGUCUUGCCCAGUUGUACAAGUAUCGGCGCGGCGAGUAUGAUCCCGUCAUCACUCACUUGAGCGUCGUUUCGGACAAGGAUGUGCGGGAUAUGAUUGCGCACAUGAUUCAGAUCGAUCCAGAGAAGCGAUACUCUGCAGAGCAGUACCUCGAAUUCUGGAAGGGAAAGGUAUUUCCCAGCUACUUUUACAGCUUUUUGCACCAGUACAUGGAGCUCAUUACCGACCCGUCAUCUGGCAACAAUCCCAUGUCUGGCAGCCAGAGAAACAUGGGCGAGUCCGACGACAGGAUCGAUCGCGUCUUUUAUGAUUUUGACAAGAUUUCUUACUUUUUGGGUUAUCAACUGGAGAAGAGCGCGCCCAAGGCCUCUCCGGACCGGUCUCGAUUGGGCCUGCGCCAUUUUCCAGUUCGAUUAAGCAUCCCGAAUCACGAGCAUCCAGUGUCAGCCGACCUGGAGCCACCGGAAGAUGACGGGACGUUGAUAUUCCUGACACUCAUUGUAUCUUCCAUGAGAACCACGGCGCGAGCAUCUUCCCGAGUCCGAGCUUGUGACGUUCUUUUGGCUUUCUCUGAGCGGCUGACUGACGAGGCAAAACUGGACAGGGUUUUGCCCUAUCUCAUGACACUGCUCAAGAAGGAGGAAACUGAUUCCGUCAUUGUGGCGGCUAUUCGAACAAUCACGCAGCUUCUCCAACUUGUGCGUAUGCCAACGCCCAUCAAUUCCCACAUACUGGUGGAGUAUGUGCUCCCCCGUCUGGAAAUUGCACUGGGAUUACGAUCGCGUGUCGCUAGCUCCCUGGUAAGAGCUACUUAUGCGUCCUGCAUCGGAAGUCUCGCCUCUACAGCCCAGCGUUUUCUCGAAAUCGCAUCCAGCUUACGGACAGACGGGUCCAUUCCCAUAACUGACCCCGAAGUUGAGCCAGGCGCAGAGGCAGAUGCUAAUUUCGAAAGCGUGUUUGAUAACGCUGGACGAGAGCUUUUCGAGAUCUUGGAGAGCCAUACUAAGCAGCUAGUAGAAGACCCUGACGUCCAUGUUCGACGGGCGUUUCUGGCAUCCGUGCCCGAGCUGUGCAUGUUCUUCCAAGAACACUCCAACGAUAUAUUACUUAGCCAUCUCAACACUUAUCUCAACGACCGUGACUGGACGCUCAAGUGCGCAUUUUUCGACACCGUGGUCGGCAUUGCCGCUUUUGUUGGUAGCACAAGCCUGGAAGAAUUCAUGUUGCCCCUGAUGGUGCAGGCCCUGGCUGACACCGAAGAGUAUGUCGUUCAGGCGUCCCUACAUGCACUUGCUCAGCUUGCUGGCCUUGGUCUUCUGUCAAGGCCAAAAAUUUGGGAACUUGCAGACCUUGUUGGGAGGUUUACCAUGCAUCCCAACAUUUGGAUUCGAGAGGCCGGGGCCGAAUUUUUAUCACAGUCGGCCAAGUUUCUCAACGUGGCUGACGUGCGAUGCAUGUUGAUGCCACUUGUCAUGCCAUACAUGAAGACCGAUUCAAUGGUUGACCUCGACGAGUUGAGCAUAUUGGAUGCGCUCAAGAAGCCUCUGACAAGAGCCGUUUUUGACCAAGCAAUGACUUGGGCGAUGCAGUCUGAACGGGGCGUGUUCUGGAAACCGCCGCAAAAGACGCAGUCGCUGGCGUUUGGGUCAUCAAGUACGAAGUCUUCCAGGGACCUGAGCGCGAGUUCCAUGACCAAGAUUGUGGGUAACGACGAAGACGAGCUGUGGCUGUCCAGGUUGAGAAAUUUGGGUCUCAAGCCAGAUGAUGAAAUGAAAUUACUGGCACUACGAGAAUUCAUCUGGCGAUUGAGCAGAACCAAAUUACGCGAUUCGAUGGGAGAACCGAGCCCUCGCACCGGACUUGUAUCCCUUAAAGAGUUGGGCAUUACUCCGCAAACCGUCUUUUUCAACGACGCACCGCUUCGUGAUUCGACCAUCACCCCCGACCUUGACACACCAGCCGGGCCAUAUACUAUCGCCGACGCACUGUUGGACGCAUCCAUGACGAUUGAUGAUACCCUGAGCAAGAGGAGAAAGGCUGCGUCACAUUCUCAUGCGAACCGUGUGCAGAGCGCGGGCCCUCGUUCGUCGCCGACGAGCCGGUUCUUGUCGCCAGAGGGAAGCGCUCGAGCUAGUUCACGACACUCUCGUCGAGGGUCGUCAGACAGCAGAGCCGGCCGUGCUGGGGAUGACGACGUCUUCCUCAGAGAUGGGCCGUACUCAUCAAGACGGGCCAUGCACCAACAGUCUAGUGCGUUGAGUCUCUUGGAUAGAAAGGACGGGAACAAGUCUGCCGCAGAAACCAGCACAAGCGACGCCAACGCCUUUGGUGAGGUAAGGGGACCCUUUGCUCAAGGUGGUGCAUCAACCCCCCCUGCACCAACUCGACAGCACGAAGGUGGCAGACCUGUUUCAAGACAAGCCAGACAUACCUACGAAGGAACAGACCCCAGCAUCCAACGAAUGCUGGAUCAAAUGUACAUUGACAACUUUCCCCGGGAUGUCUUGGAGUUUGGGCCUAUGGUCCAGCCGAUUUCUAGAACCAAGGCAAGGGCUGUCAGCGUGCAGCCCGGAGACAACCACUGGAAACCAGAGGGUCACCUAGUUGCCACCUUUGGCGAGCACCAAGGUCCAAUCAAUAGAAUUGUUGCAUCUCCCGAUCACCUCUUCUUCAUUACCGCAGGCAGUGACGGCUGUGUUCGAGUGUGGGAUGCAGCAAGGUUGGAGAGGAACAUUACGCACCGAUCUAGACAAACACAUAGACAUGCCGAUGGCGCUCAUGUGCUGGCGCUGUGUUUUGUAGAAAACUCACAUUGCUUCGUUAGCUGCGCCAGUGACGGGAGCGUGCACAUCGUCAAGGUUGACACGGUAUCGGCAAGCGGCGUUGUUAGAUAUGGCAAGCUGCGGGUCGUGCGAGAAUACCAACUACCCGAGGGAGAGUUUGCCGUCUGGUGUGAACACUUCAGGCAGGAAUCGAAUUCUGUCUUGGUUCUCGCGACGAACCAGUCUAGAAUUCUCGGAAUCGACUUGCGGACCAUGUCGAUCUUGUAUGUUCUGGAGAAUUCAGUCCACCACGGGACACCUACCUGCUUCUGCGUGGACCGAAAGCGCAACUGGCUCUGCUUGGGUACGUCACAUGGUGUGGUCGACCUCUGGGACCUGCGCUUCAAGAUGAGGCUCCGCGGCUGGGGCGUCCCGGGCAAGGGCUCGAUAUAUCGAGUUUGUAUCCAUCCAACCAAGGGCCGUGGGAAAUGGGUAUGCAUCUCUGGAGGCACAUCGCAAGGGGAGAUGACUGUAUGGGAUUUAGAAAAGACGGUAUGCAGAGAGAUAUAUCGGACGAGCGCAAGCAAGGAUGGCCCCAAGGGAUACAGCUCUUGGGACGUCGACGAAGACAAACCGGAAGGAAUGCUGGAUCGAUUUGCAACGGACCUCGAGAACAGCGAGGCAGCGAGUGCCGAUCGGGGCGUACGCGCCAUGAUAGCCGCCACAGGAGCCGCUGAGGACUCCCGGGAUGUCCGCCAUGCAUUCAUUCUCACAGGUGGCUCGGACAAGAAGCUUCGGUUCUGGGACGUCUCUCGCAUAGAAAAUUCGUGCGUCUACAGCGGCCUAGCAUCCGACGAGCAACAACCUACGUUUAUUGCAGCGCACCCAACCACCACGCUAACGUUGAAUACAGAAAGAGCCCACAGACGUGGUGGCUCGUCGGAAAAUACGACCUCUGCAGGGGAUAGUUCAAGGGGUAAGAGCUCGAGCAGACGACCAGCGAGGUCGACGGUGAUAUCGAUGCAGCAGCAGCAGCUUUUGCAGUCUCAUCUGGACGCCAUCUUGGAUGUGGUGCUGUUAGAACAUCCAUACACGAUGAGCGUGAGCGUGGACCGGUCGGGGGUGGUGUUUGUAUUUCAAUAG